UGUGCUCCGUGACUGAAUUAAUUAAAUGAUUCACUGUACCUACUGUUUGGUAGGGUAUAAAUAAUGUUGCAAUAUUCCUGUAUUUAAUCCUUACAAUAUAUUAGCACAGAAAAAUAAAGUCAUCGGCUCAGGAGCAGUUAGCUUUUAAAAUUAGAUUCGGCUGGUUGCUUUUAGGACCACUUACAUCUUAGGCAGUUCCUUCUGUGAGAGAGGAAGGACUCUGAAUGCUUUUGAAAUCUAAACCACUGCCCUCCAGUUAGGUAUCAGAUACUAUUCAUUUUAUUUACUUAUUUAUUUAUUUGACGUCAGUCAGUUAUUAUAAAUAUCUCUAACAAAAACGGGAGUCCAAGCACAUACCUAUAACGACACGGAGGUGGCAAAAUCAUAAGUAAUAUCAAGACUGCUGGGAAAAUGGCUGCACUUUAUGUAUUGCUGCUUAUACUGCCUGCUAUUCAACUUUCGGCAUCCCAGUCUGACGGUUAUAACUGUUCCGCUGCUUAUCAGAGGUAUCCAGUUAAUGAUGAUAUGGCAAUUGACUGUGGACCUCAAUAUAUUACUCUUACCAUCAACUUAUGUCCAAUCAUAUUUUCUGACUUCAAACCAGAUGAGAUAGCACUGAAUGGAAACUACAAUAUUUCAAACUGUAAAGGAGCUAUUGAUAACACUACAACUCCACCUGUGCUAAGAUACAUCUUCCCAGUUAAUGAUACCAAUCAGAACACAUGCAACAAUAAUAUCGAGAUAAUUACAGAACGUGGGACUGGAAUAUACAGCCAGUUUUCAAAUAUUCAGUCAGUUGUCAUUUCUGGUUAUGCUAAUACUCCACAAUCUGCAACAGGAGUUGUCAGCUAUUCUACCGAUUUGAAUUAUUUGUAUUCCUGCUACUACCCACUGGAAUAUUUGCUUAACAACACUCAGCUUAUUACAGCAACAGGAGCUGUGGCAGUCACCACAAACAAUGGCAGUUUUAUCAGCACUCUGAGCAUGAAACUUUAUGGUGAUGCCAGUUUUACCACCCCAAUGAAUUUCUCUGCAUCUGGGAUUCCCCUAAAAACAAAGAUUUUUGUUGAGGUCCGCUCAACCAACCUUUCAGCAAGCUUGCAUGUGCUUAUGGAUGCCUGCUUUGCUACACCAACUCCAAUUGUCUCCACUGUGGCAGACGGAAAAUUUGAAUUUUUCACAGGGUGCACUGUAGAUAAAAAGACAGUGGUAUUGCAGAAUGGAAAUGACACAUGGGCACGGUUCUCCUUUGAUGCCUUUCGAUUUGUAAGCCAGCGAAAUCAAAAUGUGUCCACCAUCUAUGUGCAUUGCAUGACUAGAUUAUGUACGCCUAGUGACUGCAAAGCCUUCCUAGGGAGCUGCUCAGCUUCGAAUGCAACUGCCGCAACAUCUGGCAAAAGGAGGAAAAGAGCUGCAUCUGGUGAAAAGGACACAUCAGAUCAAGUCCUUCUGAGUUCUGGACCAGUCCUGACCAAAGCUUAUGACAGCACUGAAAGUUCUGGCAAACCUGAACUUUAUUACCAAGAGGCAAUAAAGGAAGUGCAUGGGACACUAUCAGGAUUAAUAGCUGGUUUGAUUAUUGCAGCCUUGCUUGCUGUUGGAAUCAUUAUCCUUGGAGUGAUACUGUUUAAAAAAUAUCAUGCAAGAGCAGUUGCCCUCGAAAAGAAGGACUUUAACUAUCACAACUAAGAGUUCAAAGCCAUAACAAGUAUCACUGCAAUAUAUAUAUAUAUAUAUAUAUAUAUAUAUAUAUAUAUAUAUAUAUAUAUAUAUAUAUAUAUAUACUGAUUUUAUUGAAAUCAGCCUUAUAAAUAACAUUCCUUUUUGAAUAAUUUCUUUGAUGAGCUUUCUAUACUGUAGUCAGUACCCAAACAAUGAAUAUGCUCCUAUGUGGUAUGUUAAUCAUAAAAUAUUGUGCAUCUUAUAACCAUGCAUCAGAAAUAAAUAUUGGAACAUAAUGUAUGGCAUGUACAAAAUGACUAAUUACUGAUUAACAAGAAAUGUAAACAAAUGUGUACUCAUUUUCCAACAUAUAUUAUAAAAUAUGGUUUUAAAUCAAUAAGGGGACACUGCAAUGUUUUUUUUUUUCUUCUGUCAUACUUUAUUUUUAGGCAUCAGUUCUCACAUAAGCAGAAAUCGCAUAGAGUAUGAAUAUCAUUUUAUGUGUCUGCCUGUAAAAAAGCUUUCAUGUAUGUAAGAUACUUUAGACUAAACUUUUCAAUAUUUAAUUAAGAAUAAUUUAUCUAGACAGCAGAUCUGAAUAUUUGUUCUGAGUCUCAUGGCCUCCCUUCUUGUAUACCUCAUGGCUGAGGGUGGUACUGAACACUUCUAGUCUUCUAGGUUACAGAUGAAAAUGGAAUUCAGUAGAAUGGACCUCUCCAUUUAAACAUAUCCGUGUUUUUUUAAUUCUUUAGAAAAGGGUCAGUUUUAAGUAGAUUAUGUUGCAGACAUAAUCAGGAAUAUAUUUUUGCAUUCAGUUUUACAUCAGUUUUUUUGAAAGCUAGACAUGCUUUAUUUUGAAAGGUUUGAUCGAAGGAAUGCAGUUAAGCUUUUGUGCAUUUUUAGAAUAACAAGAACACACCACAACAUCUGAGUAAAACUUGCAUUGUAUUGACAUUAAAUUACUAUAUAAACAAUAAAAUUGAGUGGAGCAUUAAA